AUAACGGAACGUUAGCCCACUUCAGGGACUUACAGGACGGAAUGUUCCUCUUUCAAGUACUGGACUAUGUGUUUCUCGGGUAAGUCUUGAAUAUUUAGUUUGUUUGAAGACAUGAGUGGGUUAAAAAUUACUCUUUAGAAAACUAAGCUAGUAAGCAGUGUGAUUGCUAGAGUGAAAGUAUUUGAAUUUGCCGUAAAGGGUUAAUUUUUUUGUUCUCUUUUUCUGUCUGACUGAUUUAUGUAACAGAGUAAACUCAAAGGGAAUUUACUUUUUAUACCAUUCUCUACUCCCAGUUGCAAUCAAAAAUACGUAAUGCGGUAAUACACUCAAUAAUGGCAAGAAAUUAAUGAAACUACUUUCGGUCUAUUAAAAUUCAAAGAGUGAACGCAAUCAAAGGAAAUGAACAGACAGGCUUUUUCAGAUCCCUUUGUAUGUUUCUUCCCAGCUUCAAAAGAAAAAAGAAAAUUAAAAAAAAAAAGGAAAGCAACUUUUUGUCCUUGCAAUUGUCAAAGUGAUUUUCAGCACUCUUAGGAAUGCAUCUCGAAUCCUAAGACCUCCUGGUUACGGAAAGUGAUCAUAAUUUAACACCUGAAACAAAAGUAUAAUUUGAAUUUUAGAUGAUUCGUCUCAAAUUUGAUAUUAAAAUGAAAUGAAACGUGCCUUAAGUGCAAAAGAAAAGUUACCAAGCUAAGCUAAAAUUGAGGCCGGGAAGAGAAGUAACCCACACGGUCACAACAACGCGUCAUUUCUUCUCAAAAGAACUUACUAGGAUGAAACAUUUGGUCUGAUUUAUAAGUUAAAAAAACUGUAGUCUGUCGAGCAGUGGUUAUAAAUGAUUCUUUCUUGCUAUAUGCGUUUGAAAAUUAGGUUAGCGCAGAGCACGCGUCGACCAGGCAAGAUCGCAGCCGGUUAGAGCGAGUGACUCGCGCUCCGCUUUAAUCUCAAAAAAGGUGAAAACUACAUUUAGUGACAAGAUUUUAAUUUUGUUCAAUUUCAACAGGAAAAAGUCGUCUAAAUUUCCCGUGUAUCUAAAGUUUAUUCCAAGAAAACACAGCAACCUACAUGACAAUAGAAUAGAAGGGAGUACUUGUAUGCGCCGCUGGCCUUUCAGAACCCCUUCCCCAGUAUAG